GUUCGAGAGACAGAAAGGAAGAAGGCUGCGUUAAAGGGAGAGAGACUCCAGUACGUGCAAAGUGGAUACGAGUUCGUGGGCUUUUUCUCUCUGUAGGUCAUCUAUUGCGUGGAAAGUCGUUGAAACGAGUAUAUUAAAUACAAAAACAAAAGUGAACACAUUUCAAUAAUAACAACACAAUCCAUAAGAAGCCAAGUGAAUAAUGAUAAACAACUUGAAUAGAUGAUGGUUUGGUCAAACGUUUGGUGAAAUAAGUGUCAAGCAGCAGCAGCAGUCGAUGAUCAAAACAAUCAGAUUGAUGCUGAAAUAACUGAAAAUAAUACUAAAUAAUGAGUACCUUGAGGCGUCAUUAUUGUGUCAAGAAUGUGGAUACGGAAGUCGAAGAAGUGCAUCAUCACACGAGGUCAGCUCACUAGCGUUGUAGGAAGCAGCAGAAAAAGGGAAAACGAGAGAUACGUAGAAGAGAGAAGAAAGGAGUGUGCGCAAGCCAACAAACGCUCGUCUGCAUUCAAGAUGGUUUAGCUUGGAUUUUUGGGGGUUUAAGCUGUCCAAUUUGCACGAGAAUUAACAGAUCAGAAAUACACGGGUAGCAAUGUGGUGGUCGUGAGACACACAACAGCCACGCGAGAUAUCUCAGUGGACUAAAAACCAACCACGAGGCUCUAGAAAAACAAUCUCUUUCCAGCAGAGGAAAGAUUUGGAAAAACAUGCCUAGGACACUAUCACGAUGAUCUCUUGGAUCAACUUUCCUCGUGCUUCCUGGGCCUGGAAUAGACACUGACGAUAUGGACACAGUAUGGCUUCGGUACUGUGGCAUGCCUCUGGGAGUAGUUUCGUCUUGCCUGCCAUCGUCUUCUUUCUGCUACUUUGUCCACGUGCUAUCACAGCCCGCGAGGUAAUUGAUGUGCCACUGCCACAGCAAGACUUCGUUCCAUCCCUAUCGCCACCACCACCGGGACCCUUCACCACUGCCAAAACACCAAGGUGUGACCAGACAUUUGUCAGUGUCAAAGAUGGUCCGGAAAAUGGUACAUUUCAUGCGCCUACUUUGAUUAAUCCGAAACGUGAAUCACAGCAGUGUGUCUAUACCUUCCUUGCAGCACCUCAUCAACGGGUGGAAGUUGUUUUUACAACUUUUGGCCUUCGCGGCACUCCGCCAGAUGGAGCUGCUGUUGGGGAAUUACCUGCCUGUGCUCAUGAGUACAUGGAUGUCUACACGGAGAUACGAUCAGAAAAUGCAACCAAGCUGAUAGAAACACCCUUCGGUGGGCGAUAUUGCGGCCCUAUUCCACCGAGAAGACGAGUAUCUCUCUACCGCGGGAUUGCACUUAGUUUCUAUACAGACAAGAAUAUCACGUUACCAAGUCUCUUUAGCGGUCGAUACGCUUUCAUCAACGCCUCUGAGUACGAAAUCGGAACACCAGCGCCUUAUACACCAUGUUCUUUCUUGGUAAAUUCAACAGUCAAAGGCACUGGAUCUAUUCUAUCGCCUACUUAUCCUGGGACUUAUCCGAAGGAUCUUGUUUGUACGUACCGGUUUAUCGGCAAGAUUGGCCAGAGGAUUCGACUUGAGUUUCGGGACUUUGACCUUUUUUAUGGAGGUCCUCACUGCCCUUUUGACUAUGUAAAAGUUUAUGAUGGAUUGGAUAAUACAGCCCCAACAAUUGGGACUUAUUGCGGUCAGCAACGUAAUUUGGUGCUAUAUUCUUCACAAUCUAAUCUUACUGUACUCUUUGUAACACUGCAGCGAACUGCAAAUACACAAAAUCGUGGAUUUAAAGGAAUUUUUGAAUUUUCUGAAAGCUUUGUAAAAUUAGAUUUUAUAAAUAAUUCUGGAGGAAUGCAUAUACGAGGAUCAGAGUGUGAUCAGAAAAUCUUGAGCAAGAAAGGAGGUGUGCCAGGAUUUGUUGUCAGUCCCAAUUAUCCUUAUCCUUACAUACCAAAGGUUGUGUGUCGUUACUUUAUCUACGGUAUGCAGGAUUCUCAGCAUCUUGAACGUGUGAAACUCGAGUUCUUAAUGUUUGAAAUAUCUAAAGGAGAAGCCAAAGGAGAAUCCGCAUGUACUGAUGGAUACUUGAAAAUCUACCUGAAAGGUCAAGAAGCAACUGACUCGUACGACAAGUUUGACUAUGAAUUUUGCGGUAAUGAAACGAAUCCGAGCCAAAUAGUUAGUGACGGGCCUCGUCUCGUUAUGGUGUUCAGCAGCGGGGAGCUCAAGCAAGGCCGGGGUUUCAAAGCUAGGUAUAGCUUUGAAACCGAGUACAAAAUACCCGGUACCGCUGCACCGGACGGCAGCUGCACAUUCACUUAUCGAAGUUCCUCACGGAAAAAAGGGGAAUUUAACUCACCACGUUACCCAAGUAAUUAUCCGAGCGAUACAAAUUGCACUUAUCUCUUCUUGGGAACGCGCAAUGAACAAGUUACUCUUGUUUUUGAUAAUUUCAAAGUUCGAACGAGUGUGACUAACGAUUCCGUUGGAUCUUAUGGACCAAUCACCUGCCAAGAUGAUUGGUUAGAGAUUUACAACAUAUACCAAGAUAGUACAGAGAAGUUAAUUGGAAGAUACUGUGGAAUGACUGCGCCAGGUCCUGUGGAAUCCAAUCUCGGUGCUCUUGGUCUAAAAGUCAUUCUUCACUCUGACUCGGAACACGUGUAUAGUGGCUUUAAAGCUCGUUACACUUUUGAUGUUGCUAAAUCCAUUUUCGGAGAUUGUGGCUCAAAUAUUAGCAGUCUCGAUUCUGGAGUAAUAACGAGUCCAAACUAUCCUGAAAAAUAUGACGGCCCAUCUCGAAAUGCUUCCAGCAAAACUUGCAAUUGGUUUGUAAGUGUGCGUCCUUACCACAGGAUAUUAUUGAAUUUUUUUAAUUUUUCUGUGGAAGGUGAACAAUCUGUCAGAGGAUGUCCAGCUGCCGUUUUGAGGAUGUGGCUUUCACAAACCUCUACGCCGAUUGAAUUGUGCGGUGGGAAACCUAACGAUAUUUCGUGGAGUUAUUUGUCAGAUGAUCACAAUAUACGGCUUAGCUUCAUAUCCUCUGACAAAGCAGUAGGACAAUCGGGCUUCCGAGCUGUGUGGACUGAAGUGUCUUUGGCAAGCGAAUGUGAGCCAGAUGAAUUUCAAUGCAGUAAAAAAGGAUACUGUAUUGCAGACACAUUACGUUGCAACAAAGUCAGGAAUUGUGGGUCUGAAGAUGCAACUGACGAGGAGAACUGUACAAUCACAGUGCCUCCAGUGAGUUACGCGGUGCCAGUGGGAUCUGCAGCAGCAGCUGUACUUCUAGCUCUUAUUAUCUGUCUUUUGUGUCAUCGUAAAAUGAAAAGACGCGUCGAAGAGAUGAAUAUCGAUGAUUAUCAUCCGGAGCCUGAAGAUUUGGAGGAUUAUAUUUUCCAACAUAGCUACUACCUUCGUUCAUCAAGCAUUCACGAUCAAGGAAAUCCUCCAGAAGAGUACAAUGAUCAUUAUCAUUUGGGCCCGUCGAGCCCACGUGAUGGUGAAAUUGAGCAUGUUUGCGGUGAAGGGAGAAAUAGCCCUGACAGCCCGUGACUAUCAUCAGCAUCAUCUUGGUGUCAUUGUCUCUAUCGACUUUUAUGUCGAUCAGCAUCAUGUGCGUUAUUGCGUGUCUUUGGAACGCAGACUAUAGAAUCGCGCCUAAUGUGUAAUAAAAUUGUUGUUGCUGUUAUUGUUGUUGUUAUUGUUGCUCAUGAUAAUUCGAGCAGCUCAUUCAACGCCAUCAACAGCCAUUCAUACGGAGAGUUUAUUGUCAUGAAAAGGAAUAAAUCGUUUUUGUCAAUAUUUCUAAUAAAAAUUGUUCUCACUUACAUCCUGUUCAAGGAUCAUCAUUGGACGUGGGCGACGAUGAACACCAGACAGGGACUUGGAUUAAACAUUUUUUAAAAUUUUGUAUGUGUCCUAUAUAUGGUCUUAUGAUAUCAAUGUGCAAAUAUGCUGAGGAACAAUUCGAAACUAAACACAGAGUUGGAUCAAUGAAAUAUAUGUAGAUUCAAUGAUGGAAAAAAAUUCUAACAUUACAUAAAACUUAAUUUUGUAUUUUUUCUUAUUUUUUUAAGAGUCAAACUCUAAUUUAGAUUGAUAAUCUUAUCAAGUACUGUAAAAUAAUAAAUUAUUUAUAUUUUUUUAGUCGAAUUAUAAAAAAAAAGUAUAAAAAGUUAACGGAAUGUUAAUCAUCAUCAAAUAUAUUUUCUUGAUCAAAGUGAAAUUAUUUCUCAGCAUGAAUGUGUUAUAUAGUGUAGAUAAACUUGGUAUAACAUUAAUUUUAAUAUAAAACGUCGUAAUUUAGAUAAAAUAUAAUGCAGCAGACUUUAAAUACUAAACAAACUGUUCGAUUAUUCACAUCAGGAAAGACAUUCUAAGUGCCCACGUUACAAAAUAGUUGCACAAUUUUUAAAAAGAAUUUCAUAUGUAGGCUGGUACCUGCGAAUCAUUGUAGAAACAACGCGUUCUUUAAUCCUUUUAUACAUUGUACUGAAAAAAA